AUGGACGAAAAAACAAAAGCCUCUUAUGAGCAAAAAUCCAAACACCUCCGCGCCGACCUGAAAAAAUGGGAGAACGACUGGGCAGCCGCCCAUGGCUCCAAGCCCGGUCGGCAGGAUAUAAAAAACAACGCCGACAUAGCCACAAAAUAUAAAGAAUACAACAAGACCCGAGACAUCCUCGCCGGCAAGAUCCCCGUUCCAUCGGCCAAGCAACACCACCCACCGAACCCCAAGAAGCGUCGCCCCGAACCCCCGCCGGUCGAGACGCCCUUCAAGAAGAACAAGUACGCCGAGACCCCCGUCAAGGGCCGCACGCUCGACUACGAUGACCAGCUCAUGAGCACGCCCGCCAUCUCGCGAAAGCUCUUCAGCCCGGCGCCCGUCACCUGCAUCGGUCCCACGCCGCAGCGCGACGGCAAGGUGCUCGGGCUCUUUGACCUGCUGGUCAGCAAAGAGCUCGGGACGCCCAGCAAGACCGCCGCCGCGGACGGCACGCUGCUGCCGCCGCCUCCGACCACCCCGGGCGGAGGCCGCCGCCGCAGCAUGGACGACGGCAACACGCCGAGCUCGCGGGAAUCCGCAGACGGGGGUAGGAAGCUGGGCCGCACGCCCAUGUCGAGCAGCAAGCGGCACAUGCUCAACAGCUUCAUGACGCCGCUCAAGAACCGCGACGACGACGGGGAGAAGACGACGCCGGCCUGCGUGUCCAGGCUGCAGUUCGACACGCCCGCGUUCCUGCGCCGGCACAGCGCGCUGCCGCCGGCCGAGGCGGGGGCGGAUGCUGCUGCCGCUGCUGCCGGUGCGCCGGCGCCGCUCAGGUUGCCGCGGAAGCCGCUCGGUCGCGGGCUGAGCGAGAUCAUCGCGAGCCUGCGGAGGGUGGAGGACGACACGCUCGACGACGACGACGACAUGGCCGCGCUGCGCGAGGCCGAGGGGCUGGGAUCCGCGCCGCGGCCGGCCACCGCACCCGCGAGGGACAGCGAGAUCCUGGCAAGGGACCGCGAGGUCGCGCGGCUGCCGCUCGGCGGCUUCGACGACGAGGGCAUGCACGACAGCCCCGACGAGGAGGAGGACCGCCCCGGCGGCCCGCCGCGGGUCGCGUUCAAGAAGAAGGGCCAGAAGCGCACAACGCGCCGCGUCAACAUGCGUCCGACCAUCACGAGGCGCCCGACGGCGCCGCUGGACGACUCGCAGGACGUGGUGGUGGACGGGGAGGAGAACGGCGCCGCUGCCGCCGCCGACAACGACGAGGACGGCGACUACGAGGAGGGCGCCGGCGGGGCGAGCAGCGGCAGCAGCAGCAAGAAGCCGGCCAAGGAGGAGGGCGUGGUGAAGAAGUCGGUGCGCAAGGUCAACGAGCUGGCGCACGCCAACUUCCGCCGCCUGAAGCUGAGGAGCAAGAACAUGAAGGGAAAGCCGGGCGGUUUCGGUCGAAAGUUUGGCCGGCGGUGA